GCAUCACACCACGUUUAUCGAGAAGCAGUGCCACUGCGCUCCUCGACCAGUCUCCAUCCUUCUGGAAGAUCCAGUUUUUCCAUUUUACUCCCAUGCAAUGACUGUGAAAAAUAUGAAACAAACAUAGCUCAUGCUGCUGCUGUUUGGUCAGUAGGCUACACACAACACUUGCUCCUCGAGUGGUAAAUUUUUUUUUCUCGUAUUUGCUCCCCUCGUUGAUCAGGCUGUGGAAUGGUCUGCGUUUUCUCCCCCAAGUCGUUUCCACUUCAGCAUGGGAACUGCGGUGUCCAAAAGAAAGAAUUUGAAGAGUGACGCGAUAUCUUCCGUGGCCGCAAAAGUUCGGUGAGUAUGUCUGGGGUUUUUUACGCGGGGGAGAGCACCCAUGGGCGCUGUGGGGGGAAAGCUGACUGUACUGAUGCUCAGACUUUGUAGUGGUUGUAGACAAAACGAGCCUCUAUUAGAAUUUAUUUAUAUGCAAAAUUGUUUGGUAAGAUGGUGGUUGGCUUACAACCCCUUACAAAUUCUGUGAAGAUAACGCACCUGCAUGUAAGAAGUUGACUUCUCUAAACCAAGUCCAGAUUGUGGAGCUCCUUUCGAAGUUUACCUGAACUCCUUUUUUCCCCUUGAAUGUUUUAUAUAUUAAACCAAAAAUGGGAUGUAUAUACACGUUCAUCUCUCUCAGGUUUAUACAGAGCUCCGAGUCUGAAGUAUAAAAGGCGUUCACAGAGCGCAGGAGCUUCUUUUCACUGUGAUCUGGAGGGCUGCAGUUUGCGUAAAUGUUGACAACUUUAAGCAAGUGACUUGUCAGGGUGGAUUACAGAUGAUUGAGAUAACUUUUGUAUUUCUGUUCCAUCUUAGCUGUCUUGAAAGACAUAUUUAGUAUUCUAAAUGAAUGAAUAGAUAAACAAAAUAAAACUUGUCACUGUAUCUCUGAAGAUGUGAUCUUUCCGUCAAAGGAUGGACGGUUGGAUCAGUCUUCAAAGAGACCCGGUUUAUUUUUUUGUAUAAACGCACCCCAAGUCUGUUUCUGGCUAUUGUGGGCUGAAUGGCACAGGACUUUUAGAUGAUUUGAGCACUGUAUUGUCACUGUUAGUAUAUUUUUUUGCAUUUUAAAACUCACAGUAAAGUUUAAUUUCACAUAUAAACCUUUUUCUUGUACGAAUGAUAAAAGAUCACCUACUCAUUUCAGUAAAACUGUACUUCUCUAUACCAGACUGAGGUAACACAGUAUAAAGAGACCUUUACUUACUGAUAAAGACACAAAAAAAAUAAUUUCAUUUUCAGCAAGUUGAAAUUCUAAGAGUGCGAAAUUCUAUCAUUUUUGAGUGCAGUUUAAAAAAAUGCAAUCAAAUCUAUCAAAAAUGAAUUAAGCAAAUGAAAGUUACUUUGAUUUUUUUUUAAGAUAUUUGAUCAAGGUUGGAAAAACAUCAAAGCCCAAAUUAAUUGAAAUUUUUUUUUUAAUGGUAAAAAAAAUAGCCUGAAAUUUAAAAAGAAGGAUUGAACAUGUUUGUUGGAGGUUAAAAAUGCUUACUUGAGUAGAAAAACAGACUGUUACCUUCUAUUCAAACAGAAGUCAAAAUAAGCACUUUUGCUUGCAUUGAAUAUUUCAGUACUCUCUCCAUCCCUGACUUAAAGUAUAUAUAUAAAUAUAUAAAUAUAUAGAAGUUUAGGUUCCAUUUUAAGCAAGCAACCACCUCUCAUUUGGAGAAAUGAAGCCAAAGUGCUAAAAACUGCAGUUUCCUGAGUGUCCAUUUUAAGGCUGGCUGCAGGGCCACUGUAAACAUCAUAUAAACCUGUUCGAAAGUCCCCCGUCCUGGUUCAAAAAAAUGAGUCUGGUCUGAAUCGGUCAGUUCUCUCAUCCCAUUCAUUGUAUAGGAAAUUAUUUUUUUCUUAAUAUAUUAGUUAAGGAGACAUUAAAGUUAUGAGUUUGGCCAAUCGGAGGCUGGUUUGACUGACAGACAGGCACACGGUGGGUAUUUGCAAGGAGGCUGAAGGGCUUCUUUAACUCUAAUGUUUUGUUCACACCAUAUGCAUGUAUGACGCAAAUUCGUGCCGCAUCCAAGGUGCUACUCGCUUUAACGUUUUGAAUGUUUAGUCAAAAAAUCUGAACUCAAGGGAAUGUUCGCCUUGCGAUAACCAAUCUGCAUGGAGAUUAGCUGGUGAUGUAUGUAAACAACAGACCGGUGAGGAUUUAUUCAUGUGGAAAAUGGAAGACAAACAGAUCACCUGAGCUGUAGGCUACAACUUUUCUGAGACAGGAAUAAAAAAAGAGCUCAGCUGAAAGGAAAGUGAGUGAGGCGUUCUGAUUAUCUGUUAAGUUGUUUAGACACAACAGAUCCUCACAAUGUAGUCAAGCACCUCUACGUAUAAUGAAAACUCGUCAACCUGACAUGCAGGAACCACUUCACUUUGUCUCUUCUCCUGCGAUCACGUGUUUUUGGGCUCUCAGCAGGUGCGAUAUAAACAUACAAAUUAAGCAUUCGUGCGAAUUAAGCAACUAAACACACAGAACUUGUGGGUCCAGAUAAUUGUGAAAUUAAGCAAUUUAGAUCAAAUUAGAUAGUAUUUGUGGAUACAACGUAACUCCUUGGCUCCUGGUGGUUGACGUAAAGUCAGCUCAAGUUAUUAUUUCUAGUACGGCGGCAGCUGCCAAAAAGUCACAUGACUAAGUUCAUGCAUUAUACACUAUUUGGUUUUAAACAUAGACUGCACAUAAAAUGGACGCCGUCUGCCUCCUCGCCGGCUGAAGCCACCCUGAGAGCAGCACCCUCUAGUGACGGGCUGCAGUAUAAGUCAUAAAACCUGCCUCCUCCAGCAAUCCUUACGGGGCUGUGGACAAACUUUAGAAAUUAUUUUACACAGAAUAUGAAUUAUUCUCUCACAUUUUCUAUGAUUGACACUUGAUACAGCCUAUGUGCGUACAUGUGUACAAUGCGUACAACGCUACUGCUCCAGUGGUGGUUCCAGGAAGUGGAGAAAUCCUGGAAAUACAGAGAGCAAUUCGGCUUCAAAUUCUAUAACUGCGGAAGGUGGAGCCAAGUUGUCUGUAGUAUAUACAGUCUAUGGUUUUAAACCAUUAGGCUUGAGGCUGGCUUGUGUAUGUUUUGGGUUGUUCAUCAGGCUAAAAAAGGCCAUUAAUUGUGUAAUUUAAUUAAGCCAAUUACUAUCAGAUAUAUAUCAAGUUGAAGUAAUCAGCAAUUGAAGUCUUUCUGACUGUUCACAUUCUUCCGCAAGUCCUUAAUUUUACAAUAUGUCAUGGAAGAGGUGCAGCCCUAUUUUGUCUUUCCUCCCUCAUAAUGACCUAGAUAAAACAUUUGUGAAGCUCCCCGAGCCCUUUGCAUCAAUUAGGCAUCGAGAAAAGCUUUUGAUCAGACUUGUUUGUGUUUGUGCUGCAUGCUGAACGCAGUAAAAGCAGUGCUUAUUUUUUACCUCAGUGGCAUCCAGAAACAUCCAUCUGGACUCACUUGACUGGUGAUUUCUCCUGAUGACAUUUAACUCUGGACCUAUGAGUCAGGAGAAGUCUUUGUGUCAUGGAUGUCAGAUCAGUGUGUUCUCGGUCUGAGGGCUGCAGGAUGACUAAUGCUGGGUGGUAGGAGAUGCGGUAUGAAUGCCCACUUGCUGACCUCAGAAGGCAGAAUUCACACAAAUGUAGCACUUCUGCCCUUGGUGGUGUGCUUCCACCCACUCUCUUCUCUUAAUACAUGGUCUUGUGCAGAGACUUAACGGUUAAACAAAUGCUCACAUGCACAAAAAACAUUUCCCUUUUGUCUACACAGUCACUGCAACAAUUCUUGAUGCACACAUUAACUGUAUUUGUCCCUGUCUUCUUUCCCAGUUUAUCUGCUUAUCGCCUACUUUCUUGCCUCUUUUGCUUUUUCACACCUCACGUUUAUUUCUUCAUAAAUCUUGCGAAUCACGGCCAAGAUUCCAAACACGCGUGAGGACUAAAGCCAAGAAGACUUUGCUUGGACAUUCUUCUCUCUUUAUCAUCGAGGGUGGGCUGCACUCUACAGUUGUAGUUGACAGAGAAUUUAAUCGCUCCCAGCAGAAAAUAACUACCCCCCUAAUCCCAGGCGGGUUGGAAUUAGUUCAGUCUGAUCCUGCCGGAGAAUCAGCGAUCAUCUUUUGUGUAAAGAAUGAGCUGGGGCAAAGCUGUUUCACCUCUCUUUAACUCAUCUGAUCCCACGCCUUUGUCUUUGGGUGAGUGUGAUUAUCAUGGCAGUGGAGGGAUUAUAAUUGUUUAAUGGGAUUCUCUUCCAAACACCUCUGCUUUCAACUAGAUGCCUCACACACCAGUCCCAAGUGUUGCUGCUCAAAUCUGUAUAUAUCCAGCAAGUCUUCUGGUCGGUUUUGGUCAAGUUUGUUUCCACGAUGAGGAAAGUUAACUGGAAAUUGAUAAUUACCAGUUGAUACUUCUUUUUGUUUCAAUACUCUAACCCAUAUGUAGACACCUCAUAGACUGAGGCUGCCUAUUGGAGCUCAUGCAUCAGUGCUGCGUCCCAGUGCAUUUGUUUCUAUUGAGGAAGGUAGGAAUGGCCAUGGCUAUAUUCAUCAUAACUCCCUGAAUUUUUUACCCGAUUUUCACACGGUUUGGUUUGUUACAAAUGGCAGAGGUGUAGCUAUGAUACAGGACGCUAUCACAUGGUAAAAACAAACAAAAUCAUUUUUCAAUCUUGUGAAAUGUAAUCCUACGUGAUCUGUUUUUAACAUUGUUUCACUUUUGCAACUGUAGGGUUAAAAAAAUACUGGCAUAGUUGCUCGUUGACUCUGUUUGACUCUAGCACAAGCCUAGAAUAAGGAGAGCCAUCCAGUAUGGUGGCCACGCUGGAGUAUGCUCCAGCACUUAACGAGGCAUCUAUGUAUAUAAUGUCUAUGCUCUAACCCCUGGUUUUCUCCAAAGAUUAUGAAGCCGUCAAUACAAAAUUGCCAAAUCAGGAAAAAUGUUAACAGUAGCACGGCCAGUUGUCUUUAAAAAGUCUAUUAUGAUUAAAUGGUGUUUCUUUGAUAUGUAUUUAACAUAAACUGAUAAACUCUCUGGUUUCAUUUUUGGGAUACCACUAUAGAGAUAGACCAAUUAAUUGGCUGGCUGAUUGAUUGCAUAUUGAAAAAAAUCAGGAUCAGCCCAUGUGUAUGCUAAUAAAACUGAUAUCACCAUAAUCUUUUCUGAACAAUGUUUUACUCCUCCUGAACAGCAAAUUUCAUUUUCACUAAAUACAGAUGGUUGGACCGCAAUCCAGGAGUCCCUUGUGCCAAUACUUUACUAGGCCAAGUAUUUUUCUGUCUACUUUUAUUCAAAACAAUAUUAAUUUAAGUUCAGCGAUUUUGUAUCUUAUUUGCUAUCAUUAAACAAGUGUUGUAACAACAACAACAAGCAAAAACAUAAAAACAAAAGUGUGAUUUCAGCACGACAUGUCUGCCAUCGGCUGACCUACUAUGUAGCUGUAGAAAAAACAACAUUUUUGGACAACCAUACCUACCAAAUAGGUAACAAUAUUUAACCAUAUACAUUGUAAUGUUAUUGAUUAUUGGCAUAAAAGUGAUCAUGAACCCAUUUUCUUAUCAUCUGCCCAGACUUUAGUUAGAAUAUUAUAUGGGAGAUCUGAGUCUGUAAAUAAAAGAUCAUUAGGGCACUGACAUCCGCACGUUUGGGGCGGAUUGUCCCUUUAAUUGAAUAGUAAUAGUGUUGUACUGUAGAUUGUAGAUCACAGUGUGAAAAAGAGACAGUAAAGUUCAGGUUGAUGGAUGUCCCGUGUUACUGUCUUUUAGUGUGUAUGUAAUUGUGUGAUUAAUGACUGUUUUCAGGGAGAGGUGAGAGAAAAUCAGUGUUUUUUUUCUCCUCGCUGUGCCUGAAGCUCUUACUGUCAGCCCAAACUGCUUCGCUGUCCCUUUCAUGACGGAUGUUUGUAAAGAAGCUCACCAAAACCAGACUGCUCAGUUUCAUCACACACUCGACGGAAAAGAUUACGAGCACUUUAGAGCCAGCAUGGUCUUUAAUAUUUCAAGAAUGUCUGGACCAUGCCUGAAAGGAAUUGAGCAGCAAAACACUUUUCAGACAGUAAUAGUCUCUACUUAGGUGAAAAUGUGAUUUCAUGGACUCUUUCCCACAAGACUGUGUGAUCAGCAACAGCUCUAUCCCCAUCAUGGCACAGAUUAGCUCCAGCUAUGGUCCAGUGUUCUUAUUAACUCAGAAACAUCUGGGCCCCCUCUUCAAAACAUAAACCUGUCAGAAGCAAUGUUUACAAAACGAAUCUGAAGCCUAAGGGGGAUGCAUAUCUGUAGCAGUUAUUGCUUUUUGACACCUUUUAUAAAUUCUUGAGUGCAAAAAAGAAAAAUGUAGUGAGUUCAAGGAAAGACAAAGAUUUUAGUCGAGUAAAUGCUGCAGAAAGUCAAAGGUGUUUAGCCCAAUAUGUCGUGUCAUUUAUUACAAUAAUUUGUACAGUACAACGAAUCCAUGAAACACUUGACAUGUCCACAUAUUUCCAAUAAAUGCAUUUGAGAAAUUCUUUUCUAAAAGCUUGAUUAGGAAUCUUUAUAGCCAACUUGCAGCCAAUUUUGAUGCAUGCGUUGAACCGAAGUAAUGUUGUUGUCCUGAGGGAUUGGGAGGCAGUCUGCUUCUAUACUUGAUGAAAAGGACCACCAAACGUCACACUUUUUUGCUCUUUAAAAUGACAGUUUUCCUGCCAAUCAGAUCACAUGUGUUAUUUUCUCAUAGCUUGGGCCGUUCUGGCAAGAAUCUGGUGAUACAGCUUACAUAUCCUGAUACAGGAGUGACAGGGGGGAUACUAUAGAAAUGAUGUGUUGCGAUUUGUCUGUUCCAAAACAACCAGUUAGAAAAAAACUCUCAUAGUCAAAAUAACACACAAUGUUAUAUGCAAAACAAAGACGCCUUUAAUUCAUUGUUAUGAAUUCACUCACAACAGUUAGACCUGCAUUUCUAAUUCACAGUUCCUACUAUAGUCCUAAAGUGUAGUUCUCAUACCAUGAAAACGGUCAUCCUCCACAUCGUAGGGCACAGAUCUUUGCAAGUAGAAUUAAAUACAGAUUGCAUUAUUUUAGUUGCAUGAGACGAGGUAUAAAACUUUGAUUUAUUUUCUUUCAGUAGGAACUUGUUUUCGCACACUGUUCAAAUCGCAACAUCAUCAGUCCCAGCUGUAGUACUGCUGAGAUUUCUUUUUUAAAUAGCAUUUUAAAUGAAACAAUGAAACAAAGAAAAAAAAAAUCAAUGUCCUAUUCCCCCAUCCAUGUGGGGACCCAAAGAGCCAAUACAGCAGAACUUCAGCUAUAUUUCAGUCUAUCAAUAUUUUCUUUCAUCUCUACUCAAAGCAUGGCCUUCAGCGGUCAGAUCAGAGGUCAAGUAAUGAUGAGUAAGACAGUUCUCCGCCAUAACAGGGUUAACAUAAUUGAACCUUCAUCUUAUUUAGAUCAAACCAAAUGCCACAUGUUAUGUGCACAAGACUUUAAAAUUCAUAGUCAGAAAAUGAGGUUCACAGAGGCUGAACAUGGAUCAACAUGAAAAAAAGAGGAAAACAAAUAGUUUACCUCAUGGAUCCCUGAAGUGGGGGGCCUACCUAGAUGUUCACUUUGUGCUGUUACUUAAAUGUUGUCCCUUUAGGAGCUGUUGCUGUUAACAGGACUGUUUUUUCUCUGAGGACACUGGUACUAAAAUAGAGUGGGGAUAAAACACUGGUGUUAAGAUGCUUCCUGUGUGGGGUCUCAGGAAAUCCAGGGCGGUAGAUUGCCUUGUGGAUUGUGGCUUUGAUUUAGGUGAGACCAGAGGUGACGAGUGACAACAAAGGUCUGCACUUCUUGUCCUUUCUGCAUGGCUUUGCACUGAUACAUGAUCACAGUGUAAAAAGUGUAACAAGUUGAACUAGAGUAUGUGGUUUAUAUCAAAUGUUAGCUUUGCAGGACCCCUCAGGUUUGUAGGACUCAUUGUUGGUCGAUCAUAUAACAUGUCAUUGCACUAAAACCUGAUCAUUUUAGGGAAAAAAAAAAACCUUCAAGAGAUCAGAGAUGUGGGGUAAUAGUCUUCUUUAAGGGUCAUUAAGUCAUCUGCAGUCUCUGCUGACCCUUAUUUAUGACCACAGGGGAACAACUGUAUUAAUGGGGCUUGUCCUACACUGUCUCCUUGAGCUAAUGGAUCCUAACUUGUGAUUGCGAUUGAUAUUUUGGUCACAGUUCCAUGAGAAGGGGUUUUAUCGAGAGUGAAGGCCAAAGGAUAAUGUUGAGUGAGCAGAUUCAACUGUAAACUUCAAUCUCAAAAGAUUUUUACAAAGCCAGGAUCCACAUGAUGCACUUUGAGAAAAAAGUCUAAGUUCAUUUGGGGAAAAAAUGUCGAUCGGAUACCAAGUGACGUCACACUUCUGCAUAAAAUCUGGAGGUGGUUAAAUUCUUCUUCACUUAGCUUCUGUCGGUUAGUGUUGAUCACGUGUUCUCCAAUAUAAAACCCUCUUCUGUCAUGGACAGCUCAUUUUUAUAUGGAUGGCUUUUUCUAUGAGUGUGUUGAAUUUGUUGAUGAAUUAUUAAGAAAUAGUACAAUAAAUCAAUUGAAAUGUGUCGGUCUGCCUCAUGGAUUUUGAAAUAUAAUUUUUAAGAGCAUCUAAGAAAAUAGACUUUGAUCGAAUUUUGUAACCCACAGUGCUCCAACCUGCAUCCUCACAUCACAUUGGUUAUUCCGGGCUAAAGAAAUCUUUUGUUCCUUUCACAAAAAGCCAAUCUGAGCCGGUAUUUCAGUUGACCUACAGAGUGAUCUGAUUCACGAUCCCGACUCUUGUCUCUUUACCUGAAGGCUAUGAGCUCCCUUACUUGUGUCUUUGUCUCCCACAGCGCCUAUUGAUUAACUCACGUACAGCCUCUUGGGAGAUAUGGGUAAUUACCUUACUCAUGGCCUUUGUUGUCGGUGGAGUGUAAACGUCUCUUAAUGAAGCUAUCAGCCUUUUACUAGCCAACCCUCCCCGUAUGUCGUCUGGUGAGAGAUAGACAAUGAGUGGGUGAUGGCACAGAGAGCAAACAAAUGUGGGACAUUGACCAAAAAAAGAAUAUUUGGAGGAUUUCGCCAACAAUGAUAACUGAAAUGUGAAGCGACCUGCAAAAAAUGUGUUAAAUGAGGACCGACAAAAGCUAUAGGAAGAGCAUUCAACCCUGACACUGCAAAAUUUGCUGAGUGUAUUGUUCAGUCUUAGCUGGAAAGUCAUGGUUGAACACGGACUCUGGAUACUUUUUAAUAUUCUGUUUAGUGGUUCAUUACCAGGUAGAUGCUGUGAUAGAUUGUCUGCAGAUUUGGCAUUGUUUGAGUUCAUCUGUUCUAUGAAGCCAAACCACUUCCACACCAAUGAGGCUGACCCACAUCUGCCAACUAAACCUAAUGACUGACGAUGAUUCACAGUCGGUGGUGUUUGUGUUUUGUCUUCUGCUGCUGUUCGUUCAAUAAUUUUGAACGAAAGCCAUGCAGAUAGUUAACGCUAGGUUAGCUAGCCAUGAUGUGUGUGUGCUCAGAGUAGUAGUUUGUCUAACUGGGCAUGCUAUUCAGCGAAUAUGUGUGAAUAUAUGCAGACUCUAAAGGCAUGUUUUGAUUGUUUUUUGCAAUGAAUUUUUAUUACGCACAUCCUGAAAACAAUUAUUAUGACGACUCGGGCUGGGCAAUAUGGCCUCAAAUCAAUAUCACGAUUUAUUGAGCAGUUCACCUCAAUAACGAUAAAUGGACGAUAACUACUACACAAGCUGCUCACCUCCUCCCUCAUUAACUUCGUCUACUUCAGCCGCUCCAACUUUUAAACCAUCCUCCAUCUCCUCACCUGUCUUUCCCUGUUUGUCACGAACUGGAUGGGGUGGAGUCACGUCUCUGACAUAGGACAACGUCUUAAAGGGACAUGAGACCAUAGCCAACCUACACACAUCCAAAACAAACUUUUACUUAUUUAUUUAUUUUGACACUGAAUAUACGAAUAUGGGCAAAAUGGCGUCAGUUAUUGUCUUAAAUUUCGGUAUCGGUAAAUUUUCAGUUUAUCGCCCAGCCCUAAUGACGACUUUCAACAGCCAUUCAUAAUGUCUACAUAGAAAUGCUCAACCCAGCACAUAACCCUCCUUUAUUUGUUUAUUUAACCAUCUAUCCACCCUUUGACCUCCUUCUCCUGCAUGAAGCUUUAAUCGUAUUUGUCCAUGAACUGUCACGAAGAUGAGCCACUUUGAUUCAAUGACAGAAAACUAUCUAGGAGGUCAUGAUUCCUUGGUAAUGAGAAAGGCAGGUAGUCCAGCAGUAUUAUAGCUGGUAGUCUCCUCAAUGACUGGACUAAUUAUUGUCUGUACAAGUGAUCAGCUCCCAGCAAGCGGAUGGAACAUGGAGUGCACAGCAGGGUCACAACUCAGCCCAACCCCCCUCUGUUAGCUGGAGCUUGAUGUUAUCUUUUAUUGAACAUUAGCCCGUGAGUGUCUGCCUGAAUGGAGCUUCCAAACCCGGUCCGGUGUACUCAAUAUUAGACAACAUAUUCAAGUGGCAAUUCAUUCUUUCUUUCCAUUCUUUAUCUAUGCCCUAAAGGUUUCAUUGAAAUUAAGAUAUUUCUCGCCGAAGCCCCCUAUUUUGUAAGCUUUAUUUCAGCGUGAAGAGAAAUUCAUACGCUUUCAAUUAUACAUUACAGUUAUUUCUCAGCAGGCAGUAAAGUCUGAGCUACUUUCUUGAUGGUUUGAUAAGCAUAAGUUAAAGACGGUUGUGUUUAAUCAUCUGCCCAUUAAAUUCAAUGUUAAAAUGAUUUUCUGCCACUUUUAAAUUUAACAUAAGACUCUAUGGGAGUGUUAAAACUGACAUUAAUCUUAAGAGUAGCUUCAGAAUCGUAUCUAGUUUUGCAGUUAACUUGUAAUUUUCAUCAGCUACCGUUAAUGUUAACUUUGCAUAUGGCAGAUUGUAGAUGCAAAAGAACUCGAUUUAGUAAAAACAGAGAAAACGCCAUCUUAAAACUCAAGAUCAGAAAACACUGGAGGUUAUGUUAAAAUCUAAAGACAAAGUAACAUAAAAUGAAGUUUAAGAAACAAUCAAUUAAAAUGAAAACAAAGUAAAAAAGAUACUAAAAUAAGAGCAACAAAAUAGCUUAAUAAAAGACAAUCCUCACGGUAAAACUAGAAAGAGAUAAAUGCUAAAAUACUCAAACAAAAUUAAAGUACAUCUUGAGUUUUCUCUUAAAUCAUUAAGAAUAGAUGCAGCCCUGAGUGGACAUUUUUCUGAGGGGCUGAAACAAUUUCUGUAAGUGUUGCAGAUCCACUUUAUUGCUCGCCCAUGUACGGAUGUUUGAUAUAACAAAUAUGACCAUGCCACACUUCAGAGAACAUGGACAACAGUAGAGGCGCUCAGUUAAGCUCUUAGAGGAUGCUUUUUUCUCUUGCAUGUGUACUACAGUGGUCCUUCGGUUUGGUGCCCCAGCUGAAGCUUUCACAAUAGUCUAAAUAUGUCCCCAGGCAUCUAUACCCUGCCAUAGAACCAUCCUUAUAAGCCUUAUAUAAAUAUAUAUACAGAACACUCAUCCCACUCUUUCACACAUAUAGAGAUGAAGAAGGAAGAGAAGCUUGGCAUAGUGAUCAACUCUCAUGGCCACAAUAUCAUCUACCACCUGGACCUGAUAUCUUCUUUCGGUCCCCUCUCACUCUUUAUUUCAUAUUUAUCUUUAGUUAAUACAUCUCCAUCCCUCAUUCUGCUUCCUACUCCUUCCUUGCUUUCUAUUUUGGUCUUAUAAACACAUCUCUCUCUUGUCGCUGUGCUUUUUCUUCCCCCUCCUCCCCAUCCUCAUGUCACAUGGCUGAAAACAUGCUGUAUGAUAAAUCCCCCAAAACACAGAGAAAAGCUGCCGGCACCGCGGCUGCGAGGAGUUAGGCGAGAUGAGGCACAACAACCGGACGAUGUUCAGCAGGAAGAAACUGUGAUGUAUAAUUAAUGUGUUAAAACUCUCAGACAAACAAGUCUUAUAUGUAUUGUGUUUCACAGUCCUGCGGGGUAAUACAUGAAUAAAUGCAUUUUAAAAGUGAGACAUGACCCAGCUCUGUGUUAAGCACUUUAGUCUGGGGAGCAUGCAGCCUCUGCUGUGCCUGUGGAGAAACUUCUAGAGAAUAGAUGUUUCAUAGGUAUGUUUUGUGUGUCUCCACUGAGUUGUAGCUGAAAGGUGUUCAUUUUGUGCUGAUUUUAGUUGUGUGUUAAGUGUGUGCUAAGAAGCAUUGAAAGUCACUGACUGAUAUUUUUAUAGCUGUUUGCACAGUCUCCUUUCAGCUACACUAUCCAGCUAAAAAUGCUUAGCUAACACAGAUAACAAAUGGCAUCUCUGUCGGUAGUUUGUCAGUAUUUUGGUCUAAAUGGAGAUAAGUUGUACGUAGGCUGUGAUAACCGACCAAAAGCAAUGCGUCAUCAGACAUGUGUUUAUUAACCCAGUACAGAGGACUGCGAACCAUUUGACGUUGUUUACCCGCAGACUUAAUGAUCCUGCGAUUAGCCAUGUUGCGUAGGCUGUGCUCAAUUUUGACUGAUUUCAAAAUGUGUUUUCUCAGCUGAGGACCACUUUGUUUGUCAACAUGUACAUUUCUGCUUUAACAACCAGGAAACUAGCUGCCUCCAAACUAGGGGCUGCGCAGUUGGUUGAAAAAUUAGCACCAUGUGUAGUCAUGUGGCUUCAUCUCCUCUAGUUUUGCAACAUAGAGAAGAACUCAAACCAACUGAAGGACUAGAGCAGCUUGUACUAAAGAAAAAUGCCAAAACAAAAGGAGGUCAAAUUUUAACACUGCAAAAGAAUAUUUUCCAAAGAUGAUACCACCAAUCUGUAGACUCAGUGGUCUCAUUUCUCGACCACUGAGCCUAUCAGACCGGCGCUGCUCUGAACAUCCCCACACUUGCUACAGCAGUUGGUAAACACUUUUUUUUAAGUGAACAGAAAAAUCUAUCUAUGCCCGUAAACAGCUUAACUUCCUCCAGUAGCUCAUAGGAGAUUUAGCUCUGUAUGACAUUUCCUACCUUCUCGGUUGAUCUGUUAGCCUCUUGUCAAAAAUCGAUAGUUCGAUAGUUUGACAAGGCUAUAUGUUAGCUUGUGAGGCUGCUGUGCUCGUCCUCAGCAAGCUGCAACGUGUUUUGGCACCUCACUUCUCUCAGAAAAGCAUAUGGAAUUUUUAUUGGAAGAAGCUCACAGAGCUAGGCAGAUAGAUCAGAGAUGAUUGCAUUUUUUCCUCAUGCCCUCCCUUCCUCCCUCCCUCCCUCCUUCCUCCUCUCUCGUGUACCAGGCUGGGAGGAGAGUUUUCACGGGGAGCGCUACGGCUGCACGUGCCGCCUCAUAUUUAAUUACUUAGAGUGUUGUAGCAGGAUGGCAUAUAUGCUACAGCAGCAACACAGCAAUUCUGUUUCGCUGCACUCCUCUUGAGAGUCAGCCAUGUGUGCGUGUUGAAAGCAUGUCGUGUAUGUGGAUGUGUGGAGCCUGUUUUUCUACAUGCUGCUGCGCAUGCACGCUUUGAUGAUGAGGGAGGCUGUCUGUUGUGUGUGUGUGUGUGCGUGUGUGUGUGUGUGCGAGUUGGCAGAAAUGCCAGGUUGGAGUGAGUGGGUGGAGAGUGAUGAUAGGCUUUACUGUUUCUCUAUAGGUUAUUGUGUGUGUGUGUGUGUGUGUGUGUGUGUGUGGCCUGUCUGUAUCUUUUAUAUCUUUUGAGUAUGUGGGUGUUUCAGGAGGUGAUAGUAGUCAAUAAGGCGGUUAUAAUGCUUAUGAUACUGCAGCUGUUUUCACUCAUUUUAAAGGUUUAGCAGGAUGGUUUUUGGAGCAUGUCAUAUCACUUGACUUAUAAUUUUUUAAAGGUAAUUCUGCUGCUGAAAAAAGGAGGGUAAACAAUUUGUUCCUUUGUUCUCGAGUUCACCCAACUCUUUUACAACCUAUGCAGGUGAUAUGUUUCAUCUGAAGACUUGUGCUGGCUGACAGUAGGAUGGCCUAGCACUGCAAUGUUCCUCGGUGCUCCAAAUCCCAUUACUUUGUUUCCUUAACUCGAUUUAACCACAAAAAGGAUGUCUGUAUCUUGAUUAGAGAAAGAGGCGAAGCUUGAGCUGGUGAGAGCCUCAGAGAAAGGCUGAUUUUAUCAUGAGCUUUUUCUUCUGUGUUUUGAUUAAAGGAUUUUUCUGCUUUAAAAUACAAGGAGACCGCUGCAUUUAAUAAAUCUGCUUGUCUAAAUAUCAUAAAGAAAAAUGAAAGGUGAAGACAUCCUGAUAAAGUCAAUCAGCUGGAAUCAAGAUAAGCUGACCCCUCCUCAAGUUCCAGUCUUUCAUAUGAAACAGCCCCAAUAAAAAGCUAGCUAGAGACUCUUUAACCCCCAUACUAUUAUGGGAAAGUGAGGCUGCACAUGAUGUCUUCAUAAAUGGACUGGAAUUUUUUCUUUGCAUCAUCUUGAGUAUUUUUAGAGUGAAGAUUUUCCAACUGUGGCUUCUCAUGCUACUUACAUCCCCUGACAUAUAGGUCUGGGAUUUGAAGUGUAGAUUUAAAGGCUGCUGGAGUAUCCACAGUGUAAUAACCAUCUCUCUGCUCUGCUACAAGUGUUCGCCAUUUCUGCUGAGGAAUUGGCCUGAUACUUCUCCUUGCUUUUACCCACAGCUGAAGUGAAACUACAUUUUUUUGCCCAGGAGACCUAUCAUGUAUUACUGUCAAAAGUCCACAAUGGUAUCAAGACAGCCUUGUUACUACAAAACGGACAAGACUGAUGCAUUCCUAGUGUGUAGAAGCUCAUGCAUAGUCUGGGAGUCAGUCAUGAUUGACUGAUUGGUUAUUAACUUCAUGAAUUUACAGAAUCAUUGAUUCGUGACUCACUAAGACUAAACUGCAGCUGUUUAAACCAUACCGAGUUGCUAAUGGACUAAAAUGUUCACAGGGUGCUGCAGCGUUGUGCAGUUUGCUUCAGUUUUGCAUUUUAUUUUAUUGUGACAACCAGUGUCUUGUGCGUCAGUUCAGCUUACUUACCGGGGCUAUAGCUCGCAAAAAAAGUUUGUAUGUGAAGGAACUGAGCCCCAUAUAACCUUAAUGCAAACUAGUGACCUUAUAGUUAUAUUAACAGAUUCAGUAUUCAAGUACAUUAUGUCUGGGUCAUCCAGAGGUGGAAUUGUUGUCUUGACCACUCAAGAGUGUGAGCAUAAAAAUACUUUUAAGUAUUCCUGUGCAGCUACCACCAGCUCUCAGCAGGCGGUAAAUAUUUUAUUCAAACUGUGUGUGGCUGUUAGCGUCAGUGUUAGUGAAUUAGUCAUUUGCACCGAGGCUUAUUUGCAUAAAAAGGGACAUUGUUUGCGUCCUUGUAUUUAAAUGCAUGCAUAUAGCUCUUAUGCAAAAAUACAUUGUUUGCUUUGCAGUACAGUCCAUUUGUGCAUAGUGAAUUAGAUAAUCUGUUUUUGAACAGUUUGCAGACACAAAAGCUGUAGUCCUUAUGCAGACAGGUGACAUAUACUCACUUGGCCCAUAAUAAUUCAUAAUGCUGCAAUAUGGCUGAUUGUUUAUAUUAUAUUUAAAUUUUCACUUCUGUAAAAAUAUGUAACUAUUUAUUAAUUUAUAGAGGAUGAGUCAUGAGGAGCUCAAACCAUUGUCUGGUUUCACCACUCUAGAAAAUUGAUGCUUGUGUAAGGUACAAAAUACUCCUUUAUUCAAAAGUGAGAUUUUUAUGUUCUAGAAAUGGGAGAUUUCAGGCUCAAGUCUGAGAGCAGAGGUGUUAGGAGAAAGAGCAACUACUCUCCAGAGAGGAAUUUUCCCACAUGAAUAGGCUUCCAACACAAUCUGUCCCAUCCUUGUUUUUCACAACAGAAUCAUAAUGUAUCAUGUAUACAUGAUGCCCGUAUAUAUUAAUCAGCUUUAUGGAUGACACCUGCACAAUCCCUAUGGCACCUAUCAGCUGCACAGGGGAGUCAAGCUGUAGUGUGCAAGCUGUUUACACGUCCUCUAAUCACCGUAUGAGAACAUACUGUUUUCUUGGUGAGAGACAGCAGUUACAGCAUGGAGUCAGGACACUUAAAACGAAAUGACCCUUCUACGUUUUUUUCUGAUGGCGUGUCAAGUGCACUUGACUUAAAGCAUAUGAUGACCAUCACCCACGACUAGACCUCACAGAUAAUAAAGCUCAGACGGACUGUUUAUGCAAAGAGAAAUCUUGUGAAACCUUGACUCUUUAUGACCAUGUUCGCUGUGUCUGACAUUAGCAGAUGUGCUGUCUGGCUCUGAAUUAACAGCUACACUUGUUGUGUUUAUACAGAGCUGCCAGAGCCUUUGGAGAUUACCUGUCCAACACAAAUACUGAGAACCGCAACGGAGCAGGUAAGCAAGACACAGACUGUGAUCGCACCACCAUCAGCACACCAUCAGAAUCAAAGAUAUCUUCUCGUCCAAAGGGAUAGAAAAUACCAGAAACAAUGUCAGAAUUAAAUGUGCAAAUCUCAUUUUAUUGCCAUUCUGUAUUGACGUAAAUUUGAGAUUAGCAAAUGAGAUCAUGAACAUAUCAGGAAAUUUGUAAAAGUGAUAAAACAUGAAGUGACAUGUAAGUUCUUUUAUUGUUUAACGUAAACACAGCUGAGCUUUUUUGCAACUAGUCUUGCUGCCCCAUUCUGACCAUGAUAAAAAUCGUACUUUAAGUCUCUUGUGCAUGGGCUUCGAAAUCAAGGGGGUAUGCGUACUUUUUGAAUACAGCCUACUCUGUAACCCAAUUUUAGAUAGCAUCCCUCCAAUGAAACUAAAAAUGCAACCAAAACAAAUCUAAAAAUAGAACGUGUUGGGAGGGAAAAUUCUAUAACUUUCUCCUCAGUUUACCGGUUUCUGCAGCAACUGUGUCCUAUAUUUGUCGAACCACAUGAGAUUAUAUGAAAGAAGAGAUCUGGUCCCAGAGGUUAACACUGAGUUAGAGGCCUGCUUUAUUUCAGCUUCUUCAUCCAUAGGGAAUAUCCUCCAUGACCCCCAGGGUUUAUUCCAUACUAAUUCACAAAAGCUGUUUGCCUUUUUAUCUCUUCAUUCCACCUUUACUCUCCUUUCUCAUCUAUCACCAGAUCAUCUCUUAUCUGACACCUUCCCCGGUCAGGACUGUUACUCUCCAGACAUCAGCCGCUUGGAGAAAAACAAUCUGCCGCCACAGAGCCGCUGUUUAACCACAGCUAAGCCCAGCCAGCCCUGCCAGUCCAAUCCCAGUGCUAACACACAGCCAAAGUCUCAAGUCAACGCCCUCCAAGCCGAAGCACCUGUGGGCCCCUGCAAGCGUCGAUUCUCUGCUGAGCACAGCCUCUCCACAGAGGACGCACCACGCCACAGAGGCUCAGAAGGGAGUGUGGUGGUUAAGCCUGCAAGGGUGUACACAAUAACUAGAGAAGGAGGUAUGACGCUCGGGAGCCGCAGUAGUGAGGAGAGCCUGGAGCUCGAGGUGCUGAAGGGCUCCAGGGACCAACCUCAGUCUCAGGCCCCUACCUCUGCAGCCCAGAACCCCUCCUGCACCAGCCAGCCAUCCGCAACAGCCACCCGCGGUAGCCAUCAUCGUAGCAGCCAUCACCGCAGCAGCCAUCACCAUAGCCACCAGCAGCAAGGGGGUGGGCUAACAUCAACAUCUCAGCCACUUCGCAGCUCUGGGAGUGCCAACAACAUCAGGGACUGGGGAACGAGAAGAAGGGGGUCAAGAGAAGACUAUACCCCAGACUGCGUGGCCUGCAUUCAGGCUCCCUGUCAGAGACAGCGCUCCCUUGACCUGGAUACCUCACCACGGGAGGGAGGGAAACCUCGUAAGAAACUGGAGAGAAUGUACAGCGAGGACAGGGGGUCUACUGAGGACAAGGGUAAGAAAUGAGUAGAGUCUUGAACAGAUGACAGACUUUUAAAUUAGUCAAGUAGAAAGUCAGUUGGUUUGAUUUGUGAAGUGCAAAGUGAAAUUUAUAUUCAAGGAGACCUAUUCUACUCAUUUUCAUUUCUUUAUACUCGUCUGGGCCCCCUUUGAGCAGCUCUGCAUGAAUUGCGACCCACAAACUUCUUAUUUAUUUUUAUACGAGUGUCCCUAAGUAUCCUCCCAUUAUACAUUAUUUAAUGGGGCAUGAUGAUUCAAAAUUAAUGACACAGACAGAAAGAGGAUGGAGAAAGAGAGAAGGGGGCUCAAUGUGCCAGUGCCCCUAGCAGUCUAAACCUAUAGAAGCAUAACUAAGAGCUGGUCCAGGCCUGAGUCAGCCCCUAACUUUAAGCUUUAUUAAAAAAAAGGAACAUUGAAGGACUACUUCCCCCCCAGACCUUGAUUGGUAGAUGAUUCCAGUGGAGAGGGACCUGAUAACCACCCAGACCACGUUUCAGGACUUUUAAGUGUGAUAAGCAGGGCUGCAAGUUGGGACCGCAAUGUUCUGGAAGGAUAAUACAGAACUAGCUUUAAAAUUUAAUGAGAAGCCAGUGUAGAGAAGCUAAUACAGAGGAGAUGUUCUCUCUUCUCCUGUUUCUGGUCAGUACUGGAUAUACACCAUUUUGGACCAGCUGAAGACUUGUUGGGACAGCCUGAUUAAAAGCGAAUUACAAACUAGAGGUGACAAAUGCAUGGACCACAUUUUCUGUGUUGUUCAGAAAUAGGAUGUGUCUGAUUGUUGCUAUGUUACACAUUGAAAAAAGGCAGUUUUCUUGGGCUUUCAUGAUUCUGGAGAGAAAAUAACUUACUUUCAAAAAGAUAAAAAAAAGUUAAUAUGUAGAAACUCUUGAAAAUGGGAAAUAAUAUCCAUCAUUUUGACAUUGUACGCACAUGUUAAAAUUCAGAUCGGCUAACAGGUCUCUUUUAUAUAUCCUGUAAUACUAAAUACUUGGGGCUCAGGAAAUGAACAGCGAAACACAGGGUAGUACAAAGAUUCACCAUUAGAUGUUUUGCAUAUAAAAAGACUCCUGUGCUUAUCUGAGGCCCGCUCAUUUUAAUUGUCUGCUCACUGACACCACGUACUGCUUUUGUUGUCUUUGUUUGCAGAGGACAAUCCUAAUAGCUGGUUUCCCAAAGAGAAUAUGUUCAGCUUUCAGACUGCCACCACCACCAUGCAGGCGUGAGUAUGACAUGGAAAUCCGCCCCAACUCCCACUCUGUACAUCACACAGUCAUACUGCUCCACGACAGUGUUGGCAGGAUCUGCUUCAGCCUCUUCUUUCCAAGACUUACAGCUCAGCGUUCUCAUAUGAAGUCUUAAUGAGCUUUCACACAUUUUCCACUUUUUUAUUUAGAAACUUUAAAGCUAGCACAAGAUGUUAUUAUAUUGGACACGGAUAGUUGUCCACCUCUAUACUGGCCCAUUGAUGCAUGUAUGACUUUCACAAGUUAUACCAAAUAUAUGAAAUAUUGGAAAAUGCAUAACAGUUCAGUGUAAGUUUAGUUCAGUGCAUUUAAAGCAGUAAUUAACCUGUAAUCCAGAGGAGUUGCUAAAAUGCUAAUAAAUAAGUAACCGCAGGGGAAGAUGUUUUAUUUCAGUAGCCCAACUAUAAAUAAUUUUAUGCUGUAAUAGUAACAGUAAACUUUUGUUUCUGGAAAGUGCUUUUGGAUAUUUGGUCAAAAAUUAAUACCAACAUUUUUCGUAAAUUUAAUUCUAACUUUUUUCUUGACACAGAAAUUCAACCUUGUUCUUUAUCAAGAUUGAAUUUUGUGUUUUUUAUUCUUUAAAUCGCUUAAUGAAUAUUUUAAAAAAGAAAAAAAAAAAACCCUUCUCUCACUUUCUCAUAUGUGGCCCUAGAGCUUUUACCAAAAUAUAAUGGUUAAGAUGUGUGAUUGUCAUUAUUCUUCAGUUACAGUGAUUUUUUCCCAAGUAGCUAAAUCAGCUUCUAAUUAUUUCUCUUAAUUUGGCUGUUUUGUUGAUUUGGAGUGCACUGAUAAUCUUGUUUUUUAUCGGAAAAUUUUCUACAUAAUCUCUUAAAAUAAUCCUCACCCAGAUCUUUUUUUUUAUCAGUAUGCUAACCCACCUCAUCUCUCAUCUCUCUCAUAUGUCAGCACCGUACUUAAUUUUUCCACAUACAUCCCCCCAUGUAUCAGUUAAAACAGUAUGUGCAUCUGUUGUUAGGCUUUGAUCAAAAUUAUAGACCAGUUUAAAUAACAAACUUAAAAUUUCAUGAAAACUACCUGUAUGUGGAAACUCCCUAAUCAGAUCAGAUCUGGUUGGUAAGUGAAUCAUCAUCUGUCCCCAUUUCUUUUCUUCAUUAAUAUCUGAUGUUCCUGCCUGACGAUGAUUCUGUCCUUGCUCACUGAUGGUUUGAGUUUGUAGUAAUAACUUUUCAACCUGAGGUGAGAUUUUUGGCUCUCUCUUUCCUCAGUGAAAGCCAAAGCUGCAACUCAAAGCAGUCUCUGGUGUGUUUGUGGCAAGUAUUUGGCUGACCCUAUCACUAACUUCUCUUUUAUUUUGUUCUCUCUGCUUCUUCUCCUCUGUAUGUGGCCGCUUUCCAAACCACGACUGUAGAAUAUCGUGAGUAACUCUUUCAACCGCCUCCACUGUUCUUGCUUGUUGCUCUUUUUCUUUUCUAAGUGUACCAGUUGGGUAACAUGUCUCAAACCCUUUGUCCUUAUGUGGCUUUGUGCUAUGUAGUCUGCCGUGUCCUUAACUCCUAUAACCUCAGUGUCUGCUGUACUGGGUGUUUGAAGUUACAGAUUAAGUCAACAUUAAACUGGAGCACAGGGAAAUUAGGUGAAAAUCAGCUCUGCUCAAUUUCAUUCCCAAAUGAACGCAAAUCAACUGUAUGUUCAUGAGCCGUACAAACAGGCUGUUCAGUUAAAGCAAACUGUCUACCAUUUAAACGGCUCAAUCAUAGGUUUUCCUUCAUUUAACAGAUAAUUUAAUUCUUCAGGGAUGACUUGUAAAAUACACUCAAUAUUUAUAUCAGGCCAUGACCUUGUGCGAUCUUUGUUUGCAGUGACAAAUCAUACAUUGUGCUUAUGAUUUGUGAAGCAAAUUCUGCGUUCAGUAAAGGUUUUUUUACUGGUCCAUAUGGAUAAACAGGGAUUAGACAAUUAAUAAGUAUCUUCAAUACUGGAUCUUCUUUCCAUCACUGUGCACUGAGAAAAAAAAGGGAAACACUGACGGCUUUUCUGCUCCACCUGAAGGAUCAGCACCUUUGACAGCACUAUGUGAUCCUGUCAGUUUUGGUACUUAUGGGCCUGAUCUACUAAGAUCCCAAAUAGCGAACGCUAAAUUGUGUAUGCAAACUAAAAAAUUGCAUGUGCUUUUAUUGGGCAUGUUGCGGGUCAUCUACUAUGAUGGGGUGCGCAACUGAUAACAGGUGCAAAAGUGGUGUGGACCGCCCUGUUUAAAUGAGGAUUUUGCAUGUGCUACCGGCUGAGUUUGGGAGGGCAGAGUGGCUGUAAACAAAUGAUAAAGUUUGAAGGAAUUGCGCCUAACGGUUUCGGGAAGCUAGCAACUGCAGAAGAGCAAUGUUUUUGUGUCUUGCGUUGGAACUGAAUAUUUUGCUCAUUUGACAGACACAAGUCUUAGUGCACCUGGUUAGUAGAUAAGUUUUGCAUGCGCUAUCAAAGUUUGCACGUCUCUUUAUACAUGCAAACCUUUCGUAGAUGUGGAGUGUUGCAGUAAUGUAUUGAUCCAGUGAUUCGCCGGAAGACUUGGGUGCAGGAGGUAGUUGGCGCUCUCGCUCAGAAGGGUGAGGGUCGUAAAAAACUGACUUCACAUCACUACACGUUAAGCUGUCUGAUUUAAUUCUGCAGCUAGCUGGGCCAGAUGUUGUUGAUGGGGAAGGAGAAACAUCCUCCUUAGGUGUAAGCUUUGUGUCAGACUGGCUGUCUAGCAAAUGUUUCUUGAAGAAUUUAAGCUGUUUACUCUUUCGAAACUAGCAAGUACUUUUGAGAAUAUGGCCAUUGCCUCCCAUGAUGUUUGUUGGAGUCACAGUGAGGUCAGCAGCUAUCUGUAGAUUGGUCGGAAGCCCUCGCAUGUCAGUGGUUGUUGCUCUUGAAAUAAUUAAGUUACAGUUAAACUAAACUGUUUGAAUUUAAAACAGGAUGUUCCUGUAAGACAUUAAGAUAUUUCUAGCUAAACCAUUGAUGCACGUGUCUUACAUUAGUGCUGCACAAAGCAUUGCUUAUUAAGGACAUGUAUUCAACUUAAGAGUAGAUAAGCAAUUCAUAAUCACCAUUCAAAGCUAUCUGCAAGCUCUUUCAAGAAUAGAUGUGUACAUAAAUGUCUCUAUUCCAGAGCAUACAUCAACAGUUAGUGUGUUAGCAUUUAGCUAGCUGGUUUGUUGUUGCACUCGGUUUUGAUUGAUUUAGCCUGAGUUGAGUAUUUCUAAAACCUGCUAUUUCAAAAUUAUUUACUUUUAAUUACGAGAUGAUGAAAAGUACGAUAGUUUUUAAGAGAUGGAUGUGGAGUAAAACCCUCAGGAUUUUAUUUUUAACCUCUAAAUCUGCCGGGUUGUCUAAAAUGAGGAAGAGGGCUUCAAGUUUGCAGAGCUUUCAGAGAUGGCAGAUGGUGGAAGAAGUGACAGGCUGAGUCACUUCAAACAUGUUCAACUUUUUUGGGGGAAAAGAAACAGAAAGUGAUGCAGUUCAUGAGAGGACAAAUAAUGCAGCCCAAUAGGACCACCGAGACAUAGCAGUGAAGGUUUUUGGGUAACAAGCACUGUACCGCUGGACCCGAGUGACUUGAGCCGUUUCUUUACUGCCCAUACAGCUCAUCAGCUGUCUCUGUGUUUGUCACUCAAAAACAGACUGCAGGGCUCAACUUCCUAUCUGAAAUACGUUGUCACAGAUGAUUCUCAUUAUGGCUGACAUCCUGUCAGAGCCAUUACUGGCCCGUAUGGGAAGGACACUAAAAUGGAACAAAUUAUUGACUGGCAGGUAUAGAAACAAUGGAUGUCAUGUCAAGCAUAUAUUCCUUUUGCAUUGAAUUAACUUGAAACUCCAAGUGUAUUAUCAUUUGUAAGCAGAGGGGUUAGAUAACAAUAAAAAAUGUAUGAUGUUUGAUAGAGCAGAAUAGCAAUUACUAUUAUAACACCUCAGUGUCUCUUUCCGUUCACCAGUGCGUUGUUGUCUGUGUUGGUGUGUAUGCGUGGGUGUAUGUGUCUGAACUACUAGCAGUAUCCCUAGUGUCUCCUGCCUUUGGUGGAUGUAACGUCUCUCUGCUGCUGACUCUGACCAGUCAGCAAUCUAACCUAACACCCCCUAACUAACCCUUGUGAGCAACCCCUUGUCUGAAACCCCUCUAUCCAAACAAGAAUGGAUUCCUAAAAUCAUGCCUGGACUCAACUAGACUGAAAGGGGGUUUGGGUUAACUAGUUCUGAUUAAACAUAAAGUAAAUGUUUAGGCUGAUUUGCUGCCAUGACACAUCUUUAAAAGUUCUAACCACCAGAGUUGGUAAAUAUUUAACCUGCACACGAAAACAAAUUACCGUAUCUUCAUGAUUCUCAAAGGUUAUCAUAGAGUCACAUCUUUUCGUUGACUCUGUAGGUUACUCACCAUCAGUUCUGGUGCUGCGUUUUUGGUUCUGAAAACAGAGUCAAGACCAGUGAGGAGAUCAGUCCUCAAGUAAAUGUCAAAUUUAGUUUGUUUUCCCCCUUGGGUCAGUCUGGGUUCAGAUGAAAAUUUUGUGUUAAUUCAGAUGGCAAUCAAACAUGUAAUUAUUCCCCAACAAGAUCACUAAACACCUCAACAUCCUGGCAGGGCUUUUCGAGGCAUUGCUGAGAGAAAGAGGCGGAAAAGAGAGCAGGAGACAGCCACCACGAUGGAGAGGUACCGUGUCCUGGCUGUAGUCCUGUCCUGUUUUGUGUGGUGCUGAAACCUCCCCGUUCAGUUGACUUUUGAACACAUGAAGAGUAAACAGCUUUUUGCCGUUUACAAGAUGCUGAUACACUUCUCUGAAUGUUUUUGAUACACCCUAUCAAGAACUCUCAAGAGCUCUUGUAUUCUGGACUGAGUUCCUGGCUUGCAAAGUACUCAUUUCUGAGUGGCUGGCAGCUGUACUUCUAACACUGAACAGCUUUUGGCAAGUCAACAUGGAAGGAAACUGAUUCCAUAUGACCCUCUGUCAUUGAAUCAUGAUAAACUAGAUACUAAAGUAUCACCAACAAGAUCAAUGAAGUUUGAAAUCUGACUUUUUAGUUAAGUUAUUAUGCACAGAAAUAAACAACAGUACCAGGUAAAAAUUUAGAAGACUAAGGCCUUCUCAGGGCUUGACAGUGCAACCGUUUUUUAAUGUAAAUUCCGCGGUGAAGUUACUUUUAGGUUGGUAUCUGACGGACAUUCACUGCAGAUCUGCUGGUUUCUUCUCACUCUCCUUCAUCGGGACUAGCAAGAGAAGCGCAGUUAAAUCUAUUUGGCACCCUCGCUGUCAACGUGGGGUGUUGAAUAAGGGACCAUCAAUAAAUUACCGGUUGAUGCUCCCAGAAAAGGUUGUUUUCCUUCAAUAGCUUCCAUGUCAUGUGACCAAUUGAACUAAAAUUGAUCUCAAAUAAUAGUACUUAUGUCGACCAAUAAGAUAAACAUUAUUUGAUCAAUUUUCAUUGUGCCCCUUAAGUAAUUUGUGUGCUCCUUACUUUUUCAACUUAGGAGCACAUGUGCCCCCUAUGAAAUAAGUUAGUGUCAAGCCCUGCUUCACAAGAAUAAAAACCUAAUGUAAGCCUGUGAUUAGCUUAUACGAUAUAUUGAUUGGAAAGACCAGGAAGGCAACCAUCACCCGAAAUUAAGUAAAGAACACCGAGCAUCUUAUGAAGUUAUAUUUCAGUAAAAGCUUCUUGAAAUUCUGAAUACUCAAUCUUUUCUGUCCAUCAGCGCCGCAUUAUCAUAAGCAUCAGGAUGCUCAAUAGGUUGUGCCAUAAACUGAAUUAUGAAGACAGGCAGGCUAUUAGGCAGCCUGUGCAUGCCUCUGCAACCACAUUUUUGCUUUCAGCUGUUAAAUUUAACUUCUCAAGAUGAAACACUAUGAGUUCAAACUCAUAAUAUGACUUUUUUCUGGUUAGUUUUUGACUGAAUUCUUGGAAUUUUGUUGAAAAGUUAGGUCCAAAUCAAACAAAUCAAAACAAAUCUAAGAAAAACAAUUCUUCUAACCUGGGAUUUUUUUUCCCCAAGUGUAAAAGUUGACAAACAAAAAGCUGAAGAAACUUUCCUUUUCUGGUUUGGCCUCUCAAGGCUUCCUUAGUUACUGAUUGAUAACCAUCUUUAUGUCCAUCUUUAUGAUAUGGACAUAUAUUUUGAGGUAGGCACCAUGUCACCAACCUGAUCAAUAUUUGGUAAUAAACCUAACUUCCACUAAUGCUCGGAUACACCAUUAUUUAAAGCUGAGUGCGUGUUUGUGUGUGUAUGUGUUUUCUUUAUGCGCAUAGGUCAGUAUCACCAGCUUUCAGAAUGCAAACCUUUAAUAGAAAGGUACACCUCGGUUCGUUUCACAAAUCAAAUUAUGCAUGUCUGAAUGGACAAGACAUUUCUUUUGCAAAUACUUUGGAAAGGUCACAGCUGGAUUGAGAGGAUGUGCUAAGAUAGCAGCACACACACUUAGUCAUGCACAUACCAACACAAAUUUGAUUAGCCAGCUUUGAUAUGUGGGUGUUACAGAUUUUAAAAGCUCCUGUCAAUCAGUAUGAAAAUACAGCCUGUCUGACUGAUGGAUCCUCCUUCCUCUGAGUCAUCCCGCUAUUUCGGGCACCGUCUCUAAAGAACUUGCAAUUAACGUUGCCAUGUGUAUAUUGUUUUUUUUUUUUUUUUUUUGGAUAGCUUGAAACUUCAUUCUGGAUUUGAAAUUAGUUUGCGAUUAAUGACUACCAUCUAAACACAGUGGAGGGAAUGCACUUUGUAUUUUCCUGUGACGCCCACACAAACAGUUUGAUGCGAGUGAGUUUCAUUGAGCGACAUCACCAGGAUAGCUUUAAAGAAUGAAGAUAUUUACUCCUUGAAUCCUUGAACUCUAUAUUCUUCUAUUGAAUGCAUUUAAAGCUUCAUAAACAUAAAAGUAAAUGACCCUGCUUGGUAUCGGUUUUAUCAUGCUUGGGUAGGCUUUGGUUUAUUAUUCAGGAGAUUAUACACACACACUCUCUAAGGCAUUCUGGUAAUAAUUUGCAGACUGUUAGCUUAUUACUCAGAUUUAUUUCUCAGACUGUGACUCAUCACUCCUCAUUAGUUAAUGAUGUGAUAAUCAUUAAAGUAUAAAUGAGUCAUACAUUAACUCAUGAUUAUCUGAGCAUUAACUGAGCAUUAAUAAAUGCGUACAAGUUGAACAAUGUUGUAAAAUGUUACUACAGGCCUCUCUGGAGCUGCAAAAUUAUGCUGAGUUGAUGUGAGUUUGUACAACCUGCAUGUCUGUUGUACCACUAACAACGACAUCCAGCUAACACAAAGUGGACUUUCUUCCAUCAGCUUUCAGACCUUGUCCACACAUAUGUAGAUAUUGUUUAGUAUAUAUGUUCCUGCAGUUUUAGGUAGAAAAUGUCUUCCAAGGUGACGCUGUUAAGUUUGUGUUUUUUGGGGGGGCAGAAAAAACUGAAGUUUGGGAAACAGUGAGAUAUUACCUCAACUUCCACAUGGCAAUUGUUUUUUAACACAUUGCAUAUUCACAAAAAAGCAGCACACUGCAUUGUCAAGUUCAGACAAGUCUUGACAAUAAAAAGAAGGCUGUGUUUGGACCCCACAUCAUCAUUUCCUUUCACCACCUUGGGCUGUUUCUUUACACCGUCUCCUCCUCUGGUUCUUUUUUUGCAAACUGCAGCAUGUCCUUGUGCCAUUUUCCAAGGGUAUAAAUUGUGUAUCACACACCGCCUUUGUUUGUGAUCAGGGCUGCGGACAUGUAAUGUUGGGUACCUGCCUGUGCAAGUAUUUGCAGGAAGGCAUCCAACUGAGCAGAAACAGAGAGGACAGAAAAGUCAGCAAAAAAGACAAUUGUUCAUUUCUGCAGAUGAAGCAUAUAUUUGACAUUGUAUGUCUUCAGUUGCCGUUAACUGUAAAAUUCUCACUAUCAAAGAUUAGUUCAGGGGUUUGAGGUGAAUUUUUAGGUGUGACAGAGUAACUUCACACACGCAUUAUUGGUUAAGAUAAAAAUUAAAAAAAACAUACUGGAGUUAACAAUUGAUUUUUAAGAGUUUGUUUAUCAAAAUACAUAAAUGAAUAAAAGCAUGAUCUCACAAAGAAGUUGUUCAUGACUCAGCAAAAUGGCAUGUGGGUGGUGGACUACUGGCUGAGGUCAUUUGUUUCAGAAAACACUCAGGUCCUGAUCUACUAAGAUCCCAAAUAACGAGUGCUAAUUGUGCAAAUGAAAAAAAAAUUGCAUGAGCUAUUAAUGCACUAUGAUUGCAUGCGCAAUUAAUAACAGGUGCAAAGCGACGCUGACCUUCCUAUUAAUGGAGGAUUUCGCAUUUACUACCAGCUGUCAUCAUGGAGAGUUUCGGAGAGCAGAGUGGUCGAAAACAGAAAAUAAGUUUGAAGCCAUGGAGUUGCACCUUUGGUUUUGGGGAAGAGUGGUUAGAGGACUCACUGGAGAAGACGGGAUAACUUUUUUCUUGUCCUGAGAGAUUUAGUCAAGAAAAAGGCAGAUCCUUGCAGUCUGACGAGCGAAUGACCUUGACCUUGACUAUGCAAUCUAAACUUUCCUCCCAUGGCCACGGGGAGGGUUGAAGUUGCAAAAAAGAGGUCAAAUUGCUUUAUAGCCCAUCGAAAACCAACCUACCUCGACCUUUCACUUUACGAUCUCAAACGAAAAGCCUCAAGUCAUCUUUGAUUCAGCAUGAUUUUAAUAUGUGACCUAUGGCCCUAUCACCAUAAAAAUGUCAAUAAAUCAAAGUAGGAGAACAGCUUCGCCUUAUUCUAAUGGCAGCUGAUGACACAGCGACCUGGUUAUAUGACUUAAGCGGCAUUAUGAGUAACAUACGAAAAGGCCUCUUGAAAAAUUUUACUGCGUGAUGUUAAAAGUCACCGAACAAAAAGCAUCAGUUUUUAUAUGAAAUGUUCCCCUUGUGUUUAUCAAUGUCAUUAAGUUUGAUGGAUUUUUUUUUUGGCUCUUUUUUUCACUCUUUUCCUCAACUCUUGAUGUCUUUGUUUCUUUCUUCCCUGUAGAAAUUUCAGAAAAACCCUAAGGAUGGUUGGCAGCCGCAGGAUGAAGGUCCAGAGUAAGUCUCUCAGUCUUUUCAUGGGCAUGUUUGGACUCUUGAUUGAUGAAGUCGUUAAUCAUCUUGAGAGUUGAAUGAUGUGUGACUGACUCUCCUCCUUCUAACUCCUUCAGCCUUCGCCGACCGCAGAGCCAAGAGUUUCAGUCGCUCAUGGAGUGACCCCACCCCUGUCAAGCCUGAUUCACUACAUGACUCCAGAGACAGUGAGUCGGCACACUUUCAAUCACUUUCAUUGUUCAUAAACACGACUAUGCGAACAGUUUUACAAUACAACAGCUAGAGCUAGAAAACACAACACGGAGCAUGUAGAAGAAUAAAUAUCUACACACUUUACACACCCAAACACAGCAUGCUGGCACAAUAUUGGGCUUUUAGACGCAUCAAAGCUCAAGACACGGACAAAAUUAACUGGCAUACUUGUACCCAGAGAAGCACAUAUCACCCAGGAGCAAAUUCGUGUAAGAAUUAAAUGUCCAUUGUGGCUUCCAAAGCUGUGCAAUAGAGACAAGAAAGAAAUCACAGUAUCCUUAAAUCCUCCACAAAAAGCAAAAUGUGCCCGUUCCUGCUCUGCCAAGGACACAGUGUUUCAGUUCAGAAAUGUUGUUUGUACAUAUGUACGGAUAUUUGUGAGAAAUUUGUCAUUUUCUAAAAAAGGAAUUCAGGACUGGGAACAUGAACAGUUUUUCUGUGCCUCCGUAGACUUAAAUAAGAGCAAACUGCACUCACCCGCAAAAUUAUUUGACCUUUUUGCCACUGGAUAGGAUUCGAUUUUCUUCCUGGUCUGAAUAUUGGUCACAUCUCGGGAUAAGACAGAGUACUGAGCAUUUUAUGGUGUGUCAGCAGCUGAAAUCUAUACUUUGUGAAGUCUUCCCAGAAAUAUAGACAAACUGACUGAUACAGUCUGGGACACACAUGCAUCCAGUUUAAUCUUCACUCCUGUUCAUUCACUCUCAUUUGUUGACCUGUUGUUUGACCGCCUGCUGUUUUAUAUCAUAUCUGUGUGUAUGCGACCGGCCACACGAGGGGCAGUGUAUCGUUUAGUGUUGUCUGAAUUUCACUCUGUUCCUCUUGCCCCGCGAUGGAAAUCAAAGUAACAGGUGCACCGUUUUUAAAUGGAGUACCCUCCUGUCUAAUCUUGUUUGCGGGUUAUCCUUUCAUCUCACCCUUUGUUCCUUUAUGUGUGUGUGUGUGUGUUUCAGGUGGUGAGCUUCAGACCUCCUCAGGGACACUAGAUGAAGGGCUGAAUGAGGACGCCGACUGGGGGGAUGAGAGGGAGAUGGAGAGAGCAGCCUGUGAAGGAGAAGACUUCAUCCCACCUAAAAUCAUGGUGAGCAUCCAGCUAGCAGCUCUCUGAGUUGAACUAAAAUAUGAAAAAUAAACAUGAUUUUUUUUUUUUUUCAAACUGAUGGAGAAAAAAGUGUUGAGGUUUCUUUUUUUUUCUAUACAGCUGAUAUCCUCAAAAGUCCCCAAGGCAGAAUAUGUUCCCAACAUCAUUCGAAGGGACGACCCCUCCAUCAUCCCCAUUCUUUAUGUGAGUAGCAGCCAUCGACACAGCCGCUCUACUUUGACAUUUCGGUUAAAGUUUUUUUCAUUUGCUGUUUAACUAUAAGCAAGGGUUAGUUUCUUAUCUCUCAGUCCAAGAUUUGGAGGAUCAAUUCCAGGCCCUGCUGUCCACAUAUCUUCAAAAAUCAGACUUUUGAAAUACAAAAUAUAUAUAUUUCUGCUUGAAAGUCAUGUUUGCAAAGAUCAGUCACACUAGCAAGUGGAUUCAAUCCGUCGAGUGUGCGGGGUUCAUUUCUCUGGAGUAUGUGAGGAGGAGAGCUAUCAGUCAUCGGCUGUCUCUCCAAAGCUGUAGACAGACUUAUUGCAGUCUGGCUUUAAGGGUCUGCAAAGAGAGACCCUGCUCUCCUUGUUGUCAGAACCAAAAGACAAACUGGAGGUCCAGUUUUUACAUCUGCUGCAAAGAGAUAUAAUGAUGAUGUUACUGUAAUAAGCAGGAUGUCGAACACAUUUGAUUUGAUUAUUAAUUCUUGUAAAGAAAAUGACUGUUUGUGUGGAAAAUAACUGCGGUUUUUCUCUUUUGAUCCUCCAUAUACAGGACCAUGAACACGCCACGUUUGAUGACAUACUCGGUGAGUGUGAUGUGUGUGUGAAACUUUAGAUCUCAAGUGAAAAUGACUCCCAUGGUGUAAAUAUGGAAAAGAUGAGGGUGGAAUAAGUUCCAGCUUGCUGGAGAGCAGAGAUGACUCAUUGUUUUGUGCUCGUGUGAUUGCUUCUGCUUGUUUGUCUCUGGAGGGACAGCCAAUUUAUGUGCCUCACCAUUACAGCUGAGUGGUAAAAGUGACACCCCCCCCCUCCCUCCUUCUCUCUCUCCAUCUCUUUCUCUCUCACCCAGAGGAGAUCGAGAAAAAGCUGACUGCUUACAGAAAAGGCUGUAAAAUCUGGAACAUGCUCAUUUUUUGCCAGGUGAGUGACGGGAGUGACAUGGAAUGAAAGUGACAUUAUUGGGUUGCAGUGUCCUAAAAUAAAUGUUGGGUCACAAAUAGUAAGCCGGUUUAUUUUAUCUAAAAGUUAUGGAUUUAAAAACAAACCGAUACCAGCUGCUAAAGACGAUGGUUUCUUUAUUACACUCCACAAAAACUAAAGUAUAGAUUUACACUAUCUCUCCUCUACAGGGUGGUCCAGGACAUCUGUACCUGCAGUUGUUAAAGACCAGAUCUCUUUGAUCUCAUUGAAUCAUAGUGUGUUUGAGACAUUACUGAUGAUAAGGUUAAACAUUGAAUUUAGAGAAAAUGCUUUUAGGACAAGAAAUUCCUCAAAAUUAGGAGAAUACACAUAAAACCUAAUUUAUUCCUUUUGUCUCUCUCUUAAGUUUCUCAAAAAGAGAGUAAAAGUUUCGAAAAAGGAAUUAAAGAAACAGAAGGACACAGAGUAACAAAUAGACAAAUAGUUAAGAAAUAUUAAGGAACCGUUUUGAUUUAUUUGAGGUUAUAAGACAAGUCUAAGACAAUUUAAGGGAACUUAAGUUACUGCAUGUGUAUGAACCUUAACCAGAAUUUACACUAUCUCUCCUCUACAGGGUGGUCCAGGACAUCUGUACCUGCUGAAAAACAAAGUUGCCACGUUUGCCAAGGUGGAGAAAGAGGAUGACAUGAUACAGUAAGACUUGUUUUAUUUUUGCCAGGAUUAUUUGCCUCCUAAAAAUAUGAUAGAAACCGUCAUCCAUGAGACAGUUGUUUUUAGAAAUGUUACUUUCACAUCAUAACUCAUACCUGCUGUAAUCGGACCAUCAUUUAGUGUAAAAGAACACCAUCUGCAAUAGUCUUUCCACAUGCUUUAUUUACAUUUUACAAUGAUUGUUGUCCGUGUUUUAAACCCCUUUUUUUUCCCGUGUGUGAAGGUUCUGGCGACGGCUCGGUAAGCUGAUGAGUAAACUGAACCCGGAGCCUAACCUUAUCCACAUCAUGGGCUGCUAUGUGCUGGGGAGCGCUAAUGGCGAAAAGGUAUUUGUCUUUUCAUUCUGAGUCAUUGUGAACCUUCAAAGCAAAUAACACUCCCACACUACAUUAAUUAGUGCAAAAGUUUACUUCAAAUGUCUGCAUGUAUAAGCAGUUUGCUCACUCAAAAUCAAAAAGAUGUACACAGAUGCUUGAGGCCAUAUGCUAUCAUAAAACCAUGCAGAUAGAUCAUCUGCACAAUCUGUUGGCUUUGUCUUGUACUACUGAUAGAGUCAUGCAGCAUGUGAGGAGGUGAUGCAAGGGCACUUUUUGCAUAUGCAUGAUAUAUUAAUGAAAGAACAGGCUGUUUUUUGUGUCCUGAACGAUAAAAUAAUACAUCAUGUUCACUGGUAUCUUCUCCAGCACCCCUGCAACGACCCUUCCACCCACACAGAGACAGAUGCACUCUUGCUAUAUGCUCACACACACUCAGAAAAAGUGUAUGCACAUGAAUAUGCCCACACACUGAGAUGUUUAUACUCUCACGUGCAGCCUCCUCUUGAACCGCUCUACAACUUCUAAUGGUUGGUUGCUGUAGAAUAAGUCAUUGUUUUGCACUUUGGUGAGAGUCAGAACUGUUUGCAGGGUAAAGGCUAUUUAUUGUAUAUUAUACUCUUGUCUACCUCUUAACCUGAGUACUUAUAUGAAGCUCUUGUUACAGUAUGAAACUGUGAGGAGAGGAUAAUAGGGACAUACAUAAGCAAAGAGAGUUGUCUGGGAACUCUGUAUUGUUGAUAUGAGACACAAUACGAUACGAUACGAUUUGACAAGAUGCAAUAGGAUAAGAUACGAUACGAUUCUAUACGAUACGAUAUGAUACAAUUCGAUUUGAUGCGAAAUGAUAUGAUGCAAUACUAUAUGAUACGAUUCAAUACGAUAGGAUAUGAUGCAAUAUGAUAAGAUACGAUUUUAUACAAUACUAUACGAUGCAAUUUGAUUCGUUGCAAUACGAUGCGAUACAUUACGAUUCUAUACGAUUUGAUUUGACACAAUUGGAUUUGAUGCGAUACUAUACGAUACAAUACGAUAAGAUACGAUACGAUUCUAUGCCAUUAGAUUUGAUUCAAUACAAUAUGAAUUGUUGCGAUACGAUACGAAGCGAUACGAUACGAAGCGAUAUGAAACGAUGCAAUAUGAAACGAUGUGAUAUGAUACAAUGCGAUUCUACACGAUUUGAUACAAUCUAAUAUAAUACGAUUUGAUUCGAUACAAUAUUAUAAGAUACGAUAUGAUUCGAUGCAAUAUGAUUCAAUGUGAUACGGUAAGAUACAAUACGAUACGAUACGAUACAGUACGAUACGAUACCAUUAACUCAAAUUUAGACCGAAAUGCAAACUAAGCAAUUUGACGGCUGCAGCUCAGUGGUGACGUCAGGUUGUCCGUCAGUUACAGGGUUAGUGUUAUUGUUACAUGUGGAAGAGCGAGACACUGAACUCCAAUCUGCUUCCUGUGCGAUAAGUAGAAUCUGUGCAAGGGAUUACUUAUGGCACCCAGAGUUAGGUUUAAUUUAAAAAAAAUACAAAAUGUCUCAAAGUGAAACUUCCGCCUUCUGCAUGUUUACACCAGUCGUUGUUGACUUUGCCAAGAGCUUAUACCUUUGAAGUAUAAAGAAGUCCAAGGAGCGCACAGUGAUAAUGACUGUGACACUUGGUAUCUUCUCUUCAGUGAUUUAGCACAAGUCACACGAGAAGCGGGUUGAACAGAGAAGGGCUUAUCCACUGCAUUUAACAAAUAUCCCCCUGCUGCUGCCUGUGUGCUCUCCUGCAAGCUCAGCUGGAGAGCCUCUAUUAAUAGACUGACUGAGCUUCCUUCAGAUGAUGCUCCACUCCACCCAGCAUCAGCCCCUACAGCACUGCUAUCAGCCAUCCUAUACUGCUGAAGUUAAGUUUGUUCUUCUUACGAGAGGAACAGAAUCGGCACCAUGUGUUAGUUCAGUCAGGCUGAUAUUAGUGACUGUGGAGUUUUAGUCGCAUCAUCUCACCCAGUUACUCGCAUUAUUUUGAAAACACAAACUGUUUGACAGGUUUAGGGCCAAUAGAGGUAACAGUUAGUCAUUCCAACACUUGGUACUGAUGCUGUCACGAAUUCUCCAAAUCCACAAUUUUGAUUAAAGCUUCUCAGUUAAAAACUGGUGAAAAACACACAGUUAACAUUAAUAUAAUAGAUAUAAUAUUUAAUCAUUCUCUUUUCUUGGUUUUAUUAAUAAAGGAUUGCACACUAUGAAUAGGAAUAAAUAUGCUAAACAUGCUAAACAGGAUAGGACAAUAGUACUGCCAAUAAACAAGUAUAAAAUAUACACGUGAUGUAAAGCAUGUCAAAUACUGUAAGCUGAUCACAGAAAAUGGCAGCAACAAAUCAGAGCAGGGACAGUAUAUUCUUUAUCCGAAUCUCGAGUCUGGCCUUAUCAGAGCACCUUUGUCAAGACUUCUUGUUCUGCUCUACUCAAAGACUACUGGUCAAAGUCUCAUUUCCACCAGAUUAUGAAAUUUUAAUAUCUGUUUUUCACAGAGCACUCUAUUCAGCAAACACGUUGCAGGUGUGAUAACAGCCUGACAGAAAGCCAACAUUUGAGGACAGAUUUCAAUACCAGAAAAAAGACCUCCCCUAGUCAAGGGGAUAAAAGCAACAGCAGUCUCGAAAAAAAUACUCAGUGUAACAAAAAGAUGAUUGUGGAUGAUAUCAGCUGAGCCAUUAUGUGGUUGAGAUACCCGGUAUUAUCUGUGACAGUCCUGUGAAUCAUAGUUUAUUAAUACAUAAAUUCAUUUUACAUAUGAAGCACAUCUUGCGCACAAUCACACUGUAACCUUCACAAUCUGUAAGACUUUGAUAGGACUCACCAAACAUGAAUGAAAUACAUUCAAUUCCAGCUGCUGCUGCGUCUUCAGAAACUAUUCUCAAGAGAUAGUGAUGACAGAAAGCUUUGUGCACUUCACUUUUUUUUUUUAUUUCUGUCAUAUCUGCUGAACAUACACCCCUAACUUUAGAUGUGUCCAUGGGAACAUACUGUAAAUUAUGCUACUGUAAGACACUUUGAAUGGUAAGAAACCUGUACGUGUAAGGUAAACUGAAAAGCUAGCCUUUCUUUUUGAGACAUGACUUUUUUUUUUUUUUUCGCUGUUUGUUUUUUUCGGUUUGUACCAACAUAUCAAUGGAGACCAAACAGGUUUUCAUUAUGUAUAAUUACAUAAGACUUUACUUUUAAUCCAAAUUGGUAGAUAAUUAAGGACUUUGCAGUAACUUCAGAUUGCAGGGCCUCUGCUUCCAUUCCUAAAUUUGAUAAUUUAAACACAAUAUGGCACUGUUGUGCUUGUGCAGGGCAUUUUGGUGUGAGUAAUUCUUGAUUUCAAAUCAAUGCAGAAGUCAUUUUUACACCCCACCCCCGUCAGCUUCCAUGGGUGUUUGGUCAAGUUCAAAGGUGGUGCAAUGCUAUCUUGAGGAUGUCUCAGAAAAUAUUAAAUAAAUGUAGGAAACUUAAAGUACAGACUUAAAAGGGAACUUUAAUAACCAAAAGGAAAAAUAGAAAAAUUAACUCACAAAGUAUAAACAUAAAAAGUCCAUCUCAAGAAAUAUGAAAGUGUAAAAAAGGGAAAACACUGAGGAAAGAUGCUGGUGGAUACAUGGUGAAAGAUACAAUUAACUGACUCAGACAGAGGGAGAGACCGUCUAAAUCUAUACUGUGAAAUGAGCAACCGAAAUCAAACAGAAGGAAGAACACAGAAACUAAAGUGGACAAGACACACAAGGAUUAGAUUAAACAAAAAAAGAAGGAAACACGUAAUCUGAAUGUAGGCACAAAACUGUGAAGAACACAAGAACGGCAGCAUGGAGAUAAAAACUAAUACACACACUACACUGAUUGUUCAACGUACCAUUGCUGUGCACAUUAGCUGGUCUUAUUUCACUCAGUAUGUGAUCUGCUAUGCCCUCACAAUUUUGAGAAAUGGUCUAGACAUCGUGAAAAGCAUUAAUCUUAUCAAGGUGUCCUCAAAGACUGCAAUGGUAUCUUUACUUUUUCAAAGCGAUGCUCAAUGACAGCCUUACUCUUAAAUUCAUUUUUUAUAAUUUAAUCCAGCAGGAGCACACAGGGAAAUUAUCAGAUUUACUGCUCCAGUGAAAUAUAAUUACUUGCUCACAGAUACUUGCUGACAGCUCAUUUGUUCAUCUUAACCCCAUCUUAAAAAGUCAUGCCUCAGCGAUGGGCUGCCACUUUAAAACCUCAGAGCGGUCCUGCGCCAGGUUAGGUGGGAUUAGCACGACACGUGUUCUCUGAUCAGUCUCGUGACCUGUCACUUCAGACUGCCUCACACAUUGAGCACCGCCGUUUUCAUCAGCCAAUAAUAAAUGCCUGUUAAUUGUGUGACUUAUCCCAAUUCGGUGCCUUAAUUAUCACCAGGGAGAAAACAGCCCAGGUAAUUAGGAUUUGACAGUUGCUCACUUGGGCAGAUAGGGCUCAAGUCUGUCCCCUUUUUCCCUCGCACUUGUUUAUUUAUGGUAAGAACCUCUUUCACCCCUCUUUGUGUCAAGUGAUACCAAAUUGAAAGAGACAGGCACCCGCAGCCAACCUCGCAAUGAAACGAGACUUCAGGAAGUGAUGGUGUCUGGCUAAGAUACAUUCUGGAUCACAGGGCUCUGCUUUGUGUUUGAGUCCCUAGGUCACCCUGUCAGGGUUUUUCCACUGUCAAGAGACACUUCCUGUUCAUUCUUCUGUGCGGUCUAACAUCUCGUACAAAAGUAAUCAUUAGUUAUGCCCAAAAGGAGAGAAGUGAGAAAUGAUAAAACAAAAGUAAGUGUUCCAUUUAUUUAGAUAUACGACAAGCCAAACUUCCUUUUUCAAAAUAAGUUUUAUGAAAAUGAAGAAAACUCUCAUUUAAAUACAAUAAUUAGAGAAACGCCUCAUGUAAAAAUGCAAUCCUUAUUUUCUAACUACUCUGUUGAGACGGCUAUAAAACAAAAUUUCUUUGUGGUCUUUUUUUAAAGUCUCAGAAACUCUAAAAAACAUUUUACUUUCUCAAAGGAAAAAUAACCCCCUUGCAUCAAAACCAUUCUUCUUUGGACUGACAAAUGCACAGCAAAGCCCUGUGGAAAUCAAACCUGUGAAUGUCACUUGGCUGCCAGGCUCGAUGUGGGAUGGCACACCAGCUGGCACUGGACCAGACCCCAGGGAAUGAGAGGACGGAAGGGGAGGGCAGGCUGGAGCAAGGAUGCAGUAAAAGUGUAGCGAGUGCCAAAGGUUGGAGUGUCAUCUGCUCUGACAGUCCUCCAGAUGCUCACGUGUUGUAGAAACACGCAAUAGGUGUAUCCAAAGGACAGGCUGAUGUUUUUAUUUUGGAAAACUUUAUGAAAAGAGUAGAUCCAAAUUAUUCCACUUACAUAUUUGGUGUCAUAUUUCACUAACAGGCAUCUUUGUUUUAUUAAUUUGUUAAUUUAAGAUUGUAAAAUUAUUCACUUUAACUGUACAACAGAGUGCUUUCUUUUUUAAAUGAGAUUUUACAAAGUCACCUUUAUAUCAUAGAAAAAAAGGAAGAUUAAAAUGAAAGCCAUCACUCACUUUGAAACUAAACAUUUCAAAGAUUUUCUCAAAGGCAGCCAAGAUGAACUCCAUCAGUAUCUUUUCAAGUUUCCCGUAAUUCAACUGCGUAUCCUCCGUGAGGGGUCUUUAUGAAGUGCCUGCACAUGUUUAACAUCUUUGUACUGACAUUUCAAAGCCUCAGUUUUGAUGUUUUUUCUUUUUCUGUCAGCAUCUUGAGUCAGAAAUGAUCUGACUUAGACAUAAGGUUGAUAUACUGUGCUUUACAUCCACCCUGGUUGAGGUGGCAGCUCCAAUCUGUCAGUCAAAGGAAGCACAAAGCAUGCUUAGUUCUUUUUCUCCUUAUGGGAUAGCAAUUUAACAAAAAGAAAUAUUGUGUUGCAUUAAGAGACUUGAAAUAGUUGAGAUAACUCUUCAGGAGAAUGUUUAUUAUUGAGAUAUCAUCAAGUAAAAAAGUGGAAUCAUGUUGUGAUUGCCCGGUAUAUAAUGUCGAUUUUUACAACCAAUGAAAAUGCCCCACUCUGACCAUCAAUGCAGGUUUAAACAAGUGUAACAAGUAAACAAGGAACUAAAACCAAGAAGCAUCACAUAUUUCUCCAUGGAUUGUGUGGUUUCACAUUUUCACAUAUCUUUAAAUGCAAAAGCAUGCAUACUUGAAGCAAUAACAAAUAACUAAAAAAUAAAACUAAAAUAAUUUUUUAACAUUUUUCGUGGAUUUACCUUUACUUGGACUCAUUUGUCACGCCAACCCACUGUAAUAAUCUACUGUGAAGUAAGUUGCUAACGUACAAUGAGCAGUUUGUAACUAAAGUACCUUUUGUUCAGAGUGUCUGGAAGAAUCACAAUUCUUAACUAACAGUUAAAAAACUGAGAAUGAAACUGGUGUGAAAAGUUGUAACCAGACGAUUUUAUCCACAUGAUUUCUUCUGUUAAAGCAUGAAAAAGUAAUAUUUGACUUUAUGAAAUGAUCCAAUAAAAUAUAUUCUGUUUACUAAGGGUGGGAGAAAAAAUCGACUCACAUAAGUAUUGCAAUUUUUUUGUUUUACAAUUUUUAAAUCGAUUUUUUCCUUCAAAUUUAAGACUAAAUCUUUAAAACAGACUCACAUGUGAUGUGUAUUUUUUGGGGAAAUAAAGUUCCUGGAAUAGUCAGUAGACAAUAAUAAUCAUUCAACUGUUUUACUGGUGUUAAAAAUGCAGACUAAAAUUAAGAAAAUCAACAAUAUCGUAGAAUUGCAAUUUAAAUCGAAUCAGCAUCCAAAAAAUCGUAGAAGAAUCAAAUCUGGAGAAAAGCAUUUCGUCACAGUACUACUGUUUACCCACCUUCCCCAAAAUGACAAAAGUUUAAAUGAUUUUCGGAGAUUUAUGCUCCCGCUUUACAGUCACAGACUAGAAAGAGAAAACAUAAUGUCAGACCUACAAAAUGGAAUACAAAAUCUUUUUUAGACCGUUGCCUAAAAGGGCUUCUGUACCCCUUAUCUUUCCUUUUUACAAAUAUUUAAUGAAGCAAAACUUCCCCCUUUGGUAAACUACAGAAGCAGCUUAGUUAGAUACCGAUCAGAAUAAUACAAAUACCUUUUUAGGUGUAAAAAGAUUUGAAGUUUUCCAUCCAUAAGUCAUUUGAGUUUAGUUUGAGUCACGGUCUGUUUGUCCUCCACGACUCUGAAUGCAGUCCUGUUCUAACAGGCCUGUAGCUCACUUUAGCCGCACUCUGACAGAUGUGUCCAGAAGGGCUUUUCACUUAUGAUCGGCUUUUGCAAGUAGUAAGUGGCACAUUGACCUUUUCUCAUGCAGUCAGCUGCAGGGCCUCCUUCUGCUCUCUGCACACAAUCAUAUCCCUACAUCAACACUGAUUUAUUUGUUUUUAUUUGAAAACGCCUGAUGGCAUCUGGGUUCAAGUAUUAUUUCUGUCUCCCUCUCUUCCUCCAGUUGAUUCACACUCUGAAGAGACUGAUGAGACCCUCUGCGGUGGAAUUCAAGUCCCCUCUCGAGCUGUCUGCACAAGGUAAGAGUAUUGCCCACAUGCAUUUGAAAAUAAUUGCCAACUCUCACAGGCGAGACUUCUGGACACAUUUCGUCAGCUUCUUUAUAAAUAACACAUGUUAAGUCUACCCUUGCCAACAGCAUUAAAUGCACAACAUCACACACACUGUAUUGAUAUCACAUUAUCAGCCUCACUGGUACAUUAAUAGUGACCAUAAAUCAACACCAGUAAGCUGCCCAGUGAUAAAGAGAGCACACUUGUGACUGUGAGAAAACUAAGAGCAUGCCUCAUCAGUCAUUCCUGGUAUCUAUUGAAGUUAUGUUAAUUUUUUUUCUAUUAAAAUGUUAUCAGUGUUUACAUGCUUUUCCUACUGUCUGUUGACCCAGCACAUUCUGCUCUAUGGCCGCUUUAAACCACCUUUGUACUGCUGUCUAAACAGCCAAUAGUGCAACUAAGAACCAUUCAGCCCCCCUGUACCUGUAAAAUCAAAGGAGACCAAAUAGAAAAGGAGUGAAAAAAGGCAAAAAACAUUAGCUAACACUACAGCUCAGCCUCCAAAUAUAAAUGUCUGGUGAGACUCAGAGGCUGACGUGAGGUAAUAUGUUGAAAGACCAAAAAAUUCAAGCUUUGCAACAUUUGAGGGCAGCAGACAUAGUAAAUACCAGACUGAGAGAUCUAUUUCUUGCCAGUACACAAGUAGAGAUAAACUCCAGGUCAUCAACAAUUUGCCAACACUUUCAUGUCACUGAUAGGAUGUAUUAAAUGGACUGUAAAUUAGAAGUCUAAAGGAUAAGUUGUUGUAAUUUUGGCCUUACUUUUGGAAAAUCACAGAUGUAGGUGGGACCACAUAAAUCCUGAAUGGUAUAAACCGGUUUCGGUGCAACACUUGCUGCCAUCGAAACAGUGCCUUUUUCAGGGAAGACGUUGCGUAAUACAGCAAGAUGAUAUACCGGCAAGAUAUAUGGUUUUACAAAAACAGCAUGCUUCUGCUAUUAGUAGGAGAGUCCAAGUGCUUACUGACCUGACUUCAGUCCAGAAUUGUCACCAGAUGAGGUCUUAAAUCAAGCAGUAACAAGCUGCAUUUGACUUUACAAACUCUAGAAACUGGUCUCCUUUGAUCCCAAACAUUAACAGUGUUACUAAAAGGAGAGGUGUGCCAGUACCAACUGUUCGAUGUCUUUCAUGAAACAAUAGAAAGUGUCAGAUCCAACAUAAAAUAUGCCGUCUUUAAAUUUUGUGCAAAUUUAAACUAUUUGUAAAAUGUUAACACAAAAAAUCACCUUAAAAAAUAACCAGCAGCUACUUCCGUAUAAUGUUAAAGUCGUGUCUUUGUGUUUUCAUUUGUCUGCAGGCAAGGAGAUGAUUGAGAUGUACUUCGACUUCCGUCUGUACCGCCUGUGGAAAAGUCGUCAGCACUCGAAGAUGCUGGACUAUGAUGACCUCCUGUGACUUGGCCCCCUAUCUUGAGGCCUGCUGGCUGGUUAUCUUUUGUCUGAGCCUGCUGUGCAAUGACAGGCUUUUGGUUGAAGGGGACCCUGAGAGGCUCCUAGAAUAGCUCCAUUGCAGAGCGGGAGCAACAGAGCAGUUGGGUCUUCCCCCCCUUCCUCCUGAUGUGACAGGGUAGCUCUGUAGAUUCAGCUUGUGGUGUAGUUCUUCUCCCUAAUCCAUUUUCACUUUCCGCCUAUCUCUCAGAGAAUAGAGAAAGAUAGGGGCGAGACAAGGGAGAAGAAGCAGGGGACUCAUCAUCUUAGCCUAAAUGUGUCAGAAGACACUAACUAGAGUUAGAUUCCUGAGUUCAGAGAGGACAUUAGACGAAAGAGUGACAGCAGAGAACUGAAAGAACUGCUCCUCUUGGAGUUCAGAGGUUGAUGGAUUUUCCUCUUCAAACACGAAGAAAAAUGGAUGAACGAUUUUCUUUCAAGGAUGGAAGUAUUUUUUUCUCGUCAGGUGUAGAAGUUAUCGUUAAAGGAAGUAUAGCUUAUAUGUAAAUAAACAAAGUGCUUACUGGACUAUUAGAGGAUAGAUUUUCAGCAUCUCUCUCCAUGCUAUCUAAACAUAAGUCUAGAUAUUUAACUAGUCUUGAUAAAAAAAUAAAAUUUAAUAUUUAACACAGGUUUUUUUUUUUUUUUUAACCAAAAGUAAAUGUAUUAGUAUUUUAUAUGGACUGUUGUAUUAACUCAGGUUAAAUCCAUUCAUUUAAUACUAAGAAUUGUACUCAGUGUUAGUGACAAACUGUAGAAGAGUCCAAGGCCUCUUACUCCAUGCCGAGUCCUUUUCCGUCGAACGUUAUAACUGUCAGGGAUGUCAUAUUUAUUAAACAUGUGAAAAGAUGAGACGCUCUCUACAUUGUCAUAGCUAAAAAGUAAACUGUAGCCAAACAGAGAGAUGAACCUGUGCAUGUUUUUUUGACAUUUCAGCUUUGCAUUUAACCUUAAUGAGCUAAAUUCAGCUGUUUAUUUUUGUUUGUUUUUUUUAGCUGUUGGUUCGUAGGUUAGCGUGUUCAUCGUGUGUGCGCAUUUCAAUUUAUUUCAGCGGUACAUUUAAUUAUAGAGUAAUUCAAAUUUACAAGCUAACUUGAACUGCUAAAAGUAGCAAUGGAGUGGUGGUGGUAAAAGUAUUUAUAUUUUUGUCCUCACUAAAUUAAUGUUUCUGUAAUGAGUACACUCAUAAUCUUUGUAUUUGUUAUUCAGUGGAUAUACACUUUGAGGGAGUGUGUGUUUUAUUUUAUACGACAUUCCUGCUAUUUUUGGCGUAAAUAUACAUAGAAAAAUAUCUGGCUAGAGUUUAAAAUGAUGUCCUUUGAUGCAUCUAUACGAUAAAAUCUCUUUCAAUUAAGUGUAGAUCUUCCUUAAAGUUAGAUUUAGGAUUGCUUCGCAGAGGCCAAGAUAUUCUGCCUUAAAAUACAAACAACCAACAUGUCCCAUAAUCCAAACAGGAAGGGAUUUUUAUUCAGUUGUUCAUAUUAAUUUAAAUUUUGGGUUUUUUGGUCUAAAACCCGAGCUGAGAAUCCCUGAUGACAUGAUUUGACAAUAUGCCAUUAUCAGUUGUAUUUCCUUUAACUUAAACAUGGCAAACUUUUCCAUGCAGAUGUCAUCUAAAGUUUUAAGAUCAUAUAUUGCUACCUGACUGACUUAGUUUCACUGACUGAUGCUGCAAUGUUGACCUGAUCUAUAUUUUUAGAAGUAAUCCUGACAGGACAAGGCCUUAUGAAAAUGUGCUGAAUACUAAAAAAACAAAAACAAACAAAUAAAAAAAAAACAUAACAUAGGACCCUAUUAAAGAAAUAUCUGCCAUGAAAGCUACUUUGUACUAACAAAAAUCUAAUGGAGGUAGGAGGUUGUUUUACACCUUUUUAAACUGUGGAAAAGUAAUUUCUCUUUUUCCUCUCUUGAUAAUAAUAUUUGAAAGAAUGCAACAUUUACGUCGCUCCAUAUCGUAUAUCCCACUGCUAAUACGCAGUUUAGUCGUGUCAUUAAACUCACUGUAUGCUUGUUUCCCCUAAACUUUAACCUUUUUGCAAACCAGACAUCCUCAUGUAAAGGAGAGUUUCUAUAUUAAUAUGGCUUCAGGAUCAAAAUAAGAAAUAAGAUUUGUACGUAGUUCAGGAAUGUUUCAGAAGAUGGAUUUAUAUAGAGUAUACAGUGUGCAAAACAUCCCCAUAUAUGCCUCCUAACUUUCUAAGCGUGUGCGUGAUAAACAUGGCUGACUGAGCCCUUUCUCUGCGUACCGUGAUCAUAGAUGUCUUGUGUUGUUGCUGCUUUCUGAUCCAUGAUCGUCUGAGCUGAAAGAAGUACACAUUGCAGUAGAGUGUUUGAAUAGCUCUUAGCUCGGAGGAUUGAGAUUGAGGGGGGGAUUCAGAGCGUCCGUCUUAAUGCAUCCAUGAGGACAUAGAAGCUCUAUACGAGGAGCUUUGGUCACUUGGGACAUUGAGGUAUAUAACUCCUGCCAGAAGGGAUGCAAAAAAAUGCUUUUAGACCUGAAAGACUGGUGGUUUCUAGCACUGUUUUUCUAGUGUACUUUUUUUUUUUUUUUAAGAUUGCAAUAAUCACUGCUUUGGAGACUUUUCCUUGAAGAAGAACGACUGCUCAUCCAAAAUGGCUCAAAAAGCUUUUGGACUCAAGCCCUUUAAGAGGAUGAAGGACAAAUAAGCUUUUUCUUUUUCUGCUGAGAACACUGAUAUUGUCUCAGCGGACUGAUGAGUUCUUUCUGUACUGAAACUAUUAUUGUGUUACACUACAUUAUGAUUUAUGUUUGAGUCCUGUAAAAAUGCUUAAACAUUCAAAUUAGCUAGCGGUGGUUAUGCCACGAUGUAGCAUGUUUCAUAAGACCACUGUCAAUGUAUGUGUGUGUGAUUUUUGUGUACAUACUGUAAACAAUUGAGACCAUGUAGGCAGGCCAGACCAGAUGUAGUAUGAGAAAUAUGCUGCUGUGGUUUUAGUUUUCAACAAUGACAGACCUCACUGACUGCAUGUUCAAGCACUUUCAAAUAACAGCAUCCUCUUCAUGGUUUAUAAGUUUUUCAGUGGAGUUAAACUGCAUCUUCUCAGCUCUGAAAUAUUUGAGCAUCUACAGAAAAUGCAAAUUUUCACUGAUGACGACUGAACAACAAACAUGCUGAAUUCAUCAUACGAACUUGCACAGUGGCCAUGCCUCCUUAACAUUUUUUAUUACACAGCCACACAGUCAGCUGUUUCUUUAACAUUAGAUGUCAUUUGAAUAUCUGCUAAAAUAUAUUUUUUAUUGUUCUGAAAGGUCAGCGAGUUCUGCCAUCAUCUUGUUUGUUUACAGUAAAUACACAAAUCUAGAAAACAAUAAUGUAAAAAUGUUUUUCCUUCUUUGCUUGUGCAUUGUAGCACAGUGAUUUAUGCUUCUCAAUCAUAAUAUCUCCUCUGCUUUGCAUCACUCAUGUGAGAGUGAAUCUUAAAUAUCUUCAUUUUCAUCCAUGAUUCUGCUAAAAUGUUCUUUAUUCGACAUCCACUGACACGUCAGUCAUUCUUCUGUAGCAAUACUCUAUUUGAAUAUUCAUGAUUUGUGAUUUAAAUCUAUACAAUGGAACUUUGUUCAGUAACAUCUUUGGACCUUAAUGACUCGUGAAUCAAAAUACUGAAGAAAACAAUGCACCAAAAUGCGUAGACUGCUGACUGCUCAGCUCUUUUAAAUUCCACUGAGCUGCAGUUUCGAACUUCUCCUGCUUAAAUAAAGGCCAAACCUCAGAGUAAUUAAAUGCUGGCUUAGUUGUUGUAAGUGCAGUUCAAGUCAAUAUAUUUAAUCCUGAUGCUGUGUUGUGUUAAUUGGAAAGUUGAGUUACACUGGGAAUUGACGCACGGCUGAUGGAUUUCUAAUGAAGUUUUUGAUGGAAGACCUUGCUCUUUGUGCCGGACACUCAGUAUUGACCAUUUGGCAUUCAGCUGAUUCUCAGAGGCUUUCCUCA